AUGGAUUUACCUCCUCGAUUUACUAUCGAUGACGCCGAAAAGGGAACAUCAGACCAAGGAUAUCCUGUGGCUGUCACCUUGCCCAUGGUAUACUCAAAGCCUUCUCUCAGCGCGACCGAGACAUUAUCAUCUCUACCCGCCCCCCAUGCCUUGCCCACGCCUUCAGAAAAACACCCUUCCCUACCGCCGCCUUUCAAAAGGAAUCUCGUCUCAUCCUCACCGGCAAAAAGGCUAAAAAAGAGAGCAAGCCGUUGGAUACGCUUCCAGCUCUGGUUCAAUACUUACCGGAAGUUUUUCACAUUUGUUAUGGCCAUGAACCUCUCUGGCAUUGCUCUCGCGAUUUUCAAUGUAUGGAGUUAUCCACGAAAGUACACUGGCGCGUUUGUGCUAGGCAAUUUACUUACCGCUAUCCUUAUGCGCAAUGAACUGUUCGGUCGUUUUCUAUAUUUAACGGUCAACACUCUUUUCGCAAAGUGGACCCCUUUGCCAUUUCGACUUGCAUGCACGUCUGUUCUUCAGCAUCUAGGCGGUAUACAUAGUGGAUGUGCGACGUCUGGAUUUCUCUGGCUGAUAUUCCGGGUUGUUACUAUCUUAAUCCACCAUAAAAAUAAUCACGACGCUGUUCUGAAAUACUCACCACAACGUGUUCGAAAGGCAUCACCGCUUCAUGGGCUGGUAACUUGGAUAUUUGUCGUUCUCGGAGAUAGCUAUGACCUAGAGACGCAUUCAUGGAAUCCCGACGGUUUCCACAUUGUCAGACAGCAAGACUUUUGGUUCGCGUUUGGGAUGACCGUAUUCGUUAUCAUACCAUGGUUCACAAUUCGUGAAGUGAAAGUUGAUGUUGAAAUUCCAUCACCCAAAGUUGCCAUCAUACGUUUUGAACGCGGUAUGCAGCAAGGCUUGUUGGCGAGAAUUAGCCGAGGUUCCAUAAUGGAGUAUCAUGCAUUCGGAAUCAUCUCAGAAGGAAUACACUCCAAGGAACAUUACCUCAUUUGUGGCGUGCAAGGAGAUUUCACUCGUUCAUUGGUUGAGAAUCCUCCCACCCACCUCUGGACCAGACAGCUCAAGUUCGCUGGUGUUUCCAACACUUCGACUUUGUACAAGAAGGGCAUCCGAGUAUGUACCGGGACAGGCCUGGGCGCUGCUUUAUCGACAUGUCUUCAGAACCCUAACUGGUAUCUUAUUUGGAUUGGUUCGGAUCAAGAAAAAACAUUUGGGCCAACAAUAUCGCGUCUUAUCAGUAAAAAUCUAGAGCCAGAGAGGGUGACUCUGUGGGAUUCGAAGCAACGAGGGGGAAGACCUGACACCAUGAAACUUAUCAAAGAAGUUUACGACUCUUGGGGUGCUGAAGUAGUUUUCAUUACUUCUAAUCUUCAAGGAAACACAGAGAUGAUGGAGGGCUGUAAGGAAGCUGGCAUUCCAGCUUUUGGUACUCUUUGGGACUUCUAA